AUGUACCAGAAAUCAGAACUCACAAGAGAUCAGAUUCUUCACUCUGGAGAGAAGAAAUAUGAAUACAAUAAGCUUAGGGAAGCCGUUGAUGAACAAUUAUCUCUGCAAAGACAUGAGACACUUCACACAAGGGGAAAAAGUUAUGAAGGUAGUGAGUGUGGAAAAGUCUUCAUGAGCUAUAUUGAUUUCUUUAAUCAUCAGAGAUUCCACUCAGGGGGAAAACCUUAUGAAUGUAGCCAGUCUGGAAAAGGUUUUAGAGACCACUCAGCUGUUCUUAGACAUCAGAGAAUCCACAUGAGAGGGAAACCUUAUGAAUGUAAUAAGUGUGGAAAAGCUUUUUCUUUGGAGUCAAACCUAAUCAUGCAUAAGAAAAUUCACACAGAAGGAAAAGCUUAUAAAUGUUGUGAGUGUGGAAAAGGCUUUAGUGAAGGCUCAGCUCUCAUUAGACAUCAGAGAAUCCACACAGGAGCAACACCUUAUGAAUGUAGCCAGUGUGGAAAAGCUUUUUCUCAGAAGUCACACCUAAUCAGGCAUCAGAGAAUCCACACAGGGGAAAGACCUUAUGAAUGUAGUGAGUGUGGAAAAGCUUUUUCUCGGAAGUCAAGCCUAACUGGGCAUCAAAAAAUUCACACAGGAGAAAAACCUUAUGAGUGUAGUGAAUGUGGAAAAACCUAUAGAGACUGUUCAGCUUUCAUUAGACAUCAGAGAAUCCACACAGGAGAAAAACCUUAUGAGUGUAGCAAGUGCGGAAAAGCCUUUGGACACCGUUCAGCUUUCAUUAGACAUCAGAGAAUCCACACAGGGGAAAAACCUUAUGAGUGUAGCAAGUGCGGAAAAGCCUUUGGACACCGUUCAGAUUUUAUUAGACAUCAGAGAAUCCACACAGGGGAAAAACCUUAUGAAUGUAGUGAGUGUGGAAAAGCUUUUUCUCUGAAGUCAAGCCUAACUGGGCAUCAAAAAAUUCACACAGGGGAAAAACCUUAUGAGUGUAGUGAAUGUGCAAAAACCUAUAGAGACCGUUCAGAUCUCAUUAGACAUCAGAGAAUCCACACAGGGGAAAAACCUUUUGAAUGUAGUGAGUGUGGAAAAGCUUUUUCUCAGAAGUCAAACCUAAUCAUGCAUCAGAGAAUUCACACAGAGGAAAAGCCUUAUGAAUGUAGUGAGUGUGGAAAAGCUUUUUCUCGGAAGUCAAACCUAAUUGUGCAUCAGAGAAUACACACAGGGGAAAAACCUUAUGAGUGCAAUGAAUGUGGAAAAGCCUAUAGACACCAGUCAGCUUGCAUUAGGCAUCAGAUAAUUCAUACCAAGGAAAAGCCUUAUAGAUGUAGUGAGUGUGGAAAAGCUUUUCCUCAGGAGACUAAUCUCAUCAUGCAUCACAGAGUCCACACAGGGGAAAAACCUUACAUAUGUAGCUAG